AUGCAGAAGUACGCCCUCGCUGCUAUAAACAACAAUACCCUCAGGCCUAUACCCUUUGUCAACAGCACCUUCAGCAAGACCCUUGCAUUCUACGAUGUCAUCGAAAUGCAGGCUCCUUGUCUCUCGCCUGCCUAUGCUGACAUCGCAGCCGCCCUCAAGCAGUUGGCUUGCAGCGACCGCAAGCUGAUGUCGGCCAAGUUCAAUAUGCACCACUACGGCACCGAGAAGACGAUGAAUCUUGAGCUCCGAAACACUGGUGGUGGUGGCGGGAACCAUAACAACUGUUUCCACAAUCGUUGGGCGGACAGGUGCACGUCUACUGGCAUAUUCUGCGGUAUCGAUCUGUUUGGCUGCAACACGAUUGACGAUGGCCUGUACAGUUGUGCGACGAUUGGUCAGAAGCCAAGUUUGCUCGAGAUCUGCCCUCUUGGCGGCUGUGUCCUGUUCCUUCAUCGAAUGGUCCCUCCCACUGCCGCCGCGGCGAAUGCGAGUGUGCUGGCACAGGCCAGCACCCCCGUUGCUUUGCACAAGUGCCCCAUUGGCGAAUGCCCCAAGGGCGCAACCGAUUGUCCCAUCCGUCCCAUUGACGAUACCUCUCUUUGCAAGGGCGCUGGAUCGAUCUGUGGUGCGACUUUUGAUUCAUUGUACAAGUACGAAAUGGGUUCGUUAUACACUUGUACAGGCAAGGGCGAGAAGCCUACGAGUGGCAAGCCCAAGGGUGGAGAGAGGUAUACGGUACACCAACAAAUGCUAACGAGCGAAGAAACAUCGACUCGUGGAGGUGACUUUGAUGCUUCUUGCAAGUUCGACAAGGAUACGGUCUACGAGUGUUCAGCCGAAGGAGCAACACCCAAACCCGGCAAGAAGUGCGGUGCUGGUUUAUGCAGCUCUUCUGAUAAGAUGUCUACAACUUCCGUCGCAACGUGCAAGCCAGAUUGUACCUGCAAGGCCAACAAGGACACUUGCGGAAUCGACUUCCAAGCACACUGCAAGUUCCCCAAGGAUACCCUGUACACAUGCGUCAACAUCGGCGAUACUCCCAAGCAAAAAUGGACUCUUCUGUGGCGUGGAUUGAACCCUGACCUGUACUACAACUGCGGUAAGGGCAUGAAACCCUUCCCUUUCGACCGCUGCAAGAACGGCAAGCCUACCACCGGAAAGUGUCUCUGCAACGAUGGAAACUCUAAAUGUGGAAAGAACUUUGAACCCAAGUGCAAGUAUGUUCCAGGCUCGAUCUACACUUGUUCAGGCCAGGGAGCGACACCAGUGGAGGGCAAGCCUUGCGAAUCUGCCGAGCUGUGCGAUUCCGUUUGUGGUGCGGCAUUCCCAGAGAGCUGCAAGUUCAAGCCAGGAUUACUCUACCAGUGCGAUUUCGGAGGAGCGGAUUCAGCCAGACCUACGACAUGCCAGAUCCCCUGCAACCCCUAG